UUUGUUUGCUUAUCUAUUGAAUAUGAUAGUGCACGUGUUUUGAUAUCACGUUUUUAAAAUAAAUACGUUUUAUGUUUUUACUUUCAAUUACUAAAAUAUUAUCAACAUUUCAAAGAGUGAAUUUUUAUAUGCGAAAAAAUUGUUCAGUAUGGUUCGUAAUUAUAUUCGCAAAUCAAACAGACAAUCAUGGUUGGAAGAUGAUAUGAAAAUGGCUGUAUUAGCUGUGGUGGAAAGAAGUUUGACUUAUGAUGCUGCGUCUAUUCGGUAUGAAGUUCCUCGUUCAACGUUACAGGAUCGAGUCAAUAAAGUUAAAAAAGGAAAAUUAAAUGUACAACAGUGUGGAUUAAAAGCUUUGGGACAUUAUCAAAAAGUAUUUUCAAUCGAACAAGAAAAUGUUCUUGUACAAUAUUUAAAAGACAUGGAAAGUCGUUUGUUUGGCUUAACACAAAAUCAUUUUAGAAAACUGGCCUUUGAACUUGCCGAAAGAAACAAUAUUGCUCAUAAUUUUAAUAAAACAAAUGGUUUAGCAGGUCAAGAUUGGUUAAAAGGCUUUUUAUUAAGGCACCCAGAGUUGUCAGUACGGAUCCCAGAACCAACUUCAGCUGUGAGAGCUAUGGGCUUCAAUCGACCGGUGGUGAAUAGUUUUUAUGAUUUGUUAAAAAAAUGUUAUGAGACUCAUCACUUUAAGCCAGAACAAAUUUUUAAUGUUGAUGAAAGUGGAUUGUCAAAUGUAGCCAAAAGUAGAGCCAAAAUAAUUUCCCAAAAGGGACGAAGACAAGUUGGCAAACUGUCAUCAGCUGAAAGAGGUCAAAAUGUUACAGUGACAAUUUGUUUUUCAGCAUCGGGUUCAUAUAUUCCCCCAUUAUUAAUAUUCCCUAGAGUCAGAUUAAAUCCAGAUUUUGAAGAAGAAGCACCACCUGGAUCAUUGGUUGUUUGUCAUCCAUCAGGGUGGAUGCAAUCCGAAAUAUUUGUGCAGUGGCUUCAUCAUUUUAUUAAGCAUACACAUCCCACAAAAGAAAACCCUAUUUUAUUGCUUUUAGACGGUCAUGUUACUCAUGUUAAAAACCUUGAAGUUAUAGAUGUAGCCCGCAAAAAUAAUAUAGUUAUCAUUUGUUUUCCUCCCCAUACAACUCACAAAUUACAACCGUUAGAUGUGAACUUUAUGGGUCCACUCAGUACAUACUAUAGCCAAGAGUUAGAUUUGUGGUUACUUAACCACCCAGGCCAAGUUGUUGGUCUUCGCCACAUUUCUAAAAUUUUUCGUGAGGCAUAUCUAAAAGCAGCAACUCCUAAAAAUGCAAUUUCUGGUUUUAGAAAAACUGGUAUAGCUCCAUUUAAUUCAGACAUAUUUGACAAUUAUGACUUUGCUCCAGCUGAAACUACCAAUAAUAUUGAAAUGUCAUUAGAUACCCAAACACAACCUUGUUGUUCAGCUGAUAAUAAUAGUGCUCUUGCAUUAUAUUCUACUCCCCAACCUAGUUCCUCUGCUAAUACAUUGAAUACUGAACAACCUGCAGAUAAUGUUCAAAAUGCAGCUGUUUCAUCUUUAUUGUCUCAAAGUUUGGUAUUAGAAACACCACAUGCAACUUUUUCUUCAAAUGAAAAACAGAUUUUUACUAUAUCUCCAGAAAUUAUUUUGCCAAUACCAAAAGCUCAAAAUAUUAACAGAUCAUCAAGAAGAAGAGGAAAGACAGCAAUUAUCACUGAAAGUCCAUACAAAAAAGAACUCCAAGAAGCUAAAGAAAACAGCAAACCACUGCCAAAGAAAAAACAAAAGAAAAAUAAUAUUAAAAAAAGAUUAUUCACUUCUACAGAUGAAGAAGAAAUUCACCUCAAAAAGCUAUGUGUUUCAACUGAUGAUGAUGACAGUGCCGACGAAGAGUGUAUAUAUUGUAGUAUGCCAUACAAAGAAGACUCAAAGGGAGAGAAAUGGGUUAAAUGUAUAAAUUGCUGUAGAUGGUGUCAUGAGCUUUGUGGAGGAGUUGAUAACUGGAAGACCUACAUUUGUGAUCUUUGUAUAAAAAAAAAAUAAGUAAAACAUUAUUGAUUAAGGUAAUUUUUAUUUCUUAUAAGAAAAAAAGGUUUUGUUUUAUUUUAAUAUUACAUAUUGUUUACUAUAUUUAUAUGCUAGGCAGGCAUAAUGUUAAGUUUUGUUAUUAUUUUUUUUGAAAAAGUUAUAAAAAGUUUUUGUUUUUUUAAUAUUUACAUAUUAUUUUAUGUUUACCUACUAUAUUUAUGUGCUAGGCAGGCAUAAUGUUAAGUUUCAUUAUUAUUUUUUUUGGAAAAUUUAUCAAAAAGUUAUUUUGGUAUAAUAAUUUAUAUUUCUUAUAAAAAAAUAAGGUUUUGUUUUAUUUUUAUGAUUAUAAUAUACUGUUUAUGUUCUAGCUAGAAUUGCCAAAAAAAUUUAUCAUAUUAAAUUUUGUUAUUAUUUUUAUUAAAAAGUAAUUUUGUGUGGUCAUUUUUAUUUCUUAUAUUAAAAGAAGAUUUUGUUUUAUUUUAAUAACUUUAUAGGUACUUAGGUAAGUUGUAUUUGUUGUACUACUGCCAAUGGGAGCAGGUUUUAUCGCAUAUUGUAUUGUGUUAUUAAUUUGUUGACAUUUUGAAGAAUUGAAAACAAUGUUUAGGUACAUUUUUAAUUAAUGAAAAUGAAAUCAUACAUAGCUUACUACCUACUGCCUAAUUUUAGUUAAACUUUAUAAAUGAAUUAAAUAAAAGACCAAUACCAAUUAAUAAUUUACCAAUAAAUAUAAUGAACUGUGUUUUGGUAUAAAAAUUAUCCUCAUACGAUUUUGCCCCAGGGUACAUACGGAUUUACCCCGCACCUGGGGUAAAUCCGUAUUUUUCCCAAAAAAAGUAAAACGCAAAUUAGACACAUUUAAAAAAAAAAAAUACAAAAAAGUUUCGAAUAAAAGUUAUAGACCAUAAGUUUUUCUAUAUAUACCAGUUUAAAAAAUUUAAUUUCGUUAAAAAUUACAUGAUUCAUAAGCCAUGGAAGCUUAACCGUACGGUACUGCCCCGCCUUCCCC